CGUCACCGCAGCCCCAGAAACGGAAGGCUUCUAUGAGCUGUGGCCGUGCACCUCGCAGAGAGAAAACUCUUUCGUCUCCAGCAGGCGCUGCAAUGCAAGCUUCCAAAAAUCGAUCCAGAUGGACGCCGCCGCCGCCGCCUUCUCCACUCUCUCCGCGCUCGCCGUCUUCGCCAGCACGGUCCACCACGGUGCCGUGCGGAGCGUGCACGGGUACAGGGUCGUCGGGAAGGGAGGGAGCGGCGGGUGGGAGAGGUGGGUGGAGAAGGAGUUCGUCUUCUCCCCGACCUGGUGCCGCGAAGUCCCGGUCCCCGCCGCCGCGCCGCGGAUACUCCCGGCGCAGUGGCGCGGCCGGCCGGCGUACCGCGAGGGGCAGAUGGUCGGCGCCUGGCGCUGCAUCCUGGCCUUCGAUUCCGUCGCCGACGUCAAGCCGCCGCCCACGCCGCCGCCGGUGCUCUCCCCCUUCAGGAAUCCGGGGUUGGUGUGCGCGGCUUCCCUGUACAACGACCUGCAGAAGCUGUUUCAGUUUCAGAAUUUUGAAAAGGUCCCGGACCUCGUUCAGUGUGAUUCUGAGGAGAAACUGACCAGUUCGGAUGCAAAGGAGAAAACUUCUGAUGAGGUUGAUGACUCAGGGUCUGAUUCUGAUGAGGAUCCCCAAUCUGGUGAAGGACUUCCAGCACCAGCUAAGAGGCAGCGGAGAGCCAACCGCAAGCACAUAGCUAGCAUUACUCUUGUUGACAUAGCACAGUACUUCCAUCUUCCAAUCAGAGAAGCAUCCAGGACUCUGAAGAUCGGAGUCAGCAUACUGAAGAGGAAAUGCCGGCAAUACGGGAUACCCCGUUGGCCUCACCGGAAAAUCAAGUCCCUUGAUUCGCUGAUCAGUGAUCUUGAGUAUGUGAUUGACGACACAGAGAGAGAUGAAGUGCAGCAGGAGAAGCAGAAGAAAAAGGAGGAAGAGAAGCAAGACGCGAUCCGAGCUCUCGCUAAGCGGAAGAGGUUGCUGGAGACGGAGAAGGAGACCAUCCAGCAGAAGCCUGCCCUGGACCUGAUGGCUGAGACCAAACUGUUCAGGGAGGACGUUUUCAAGAGGAGAUACAGAGCCAAGAGUGUCGUGACGAAUGAGAUCUUUCUUUCCCAGGCUUGACGUCAAUCUGUCAUGUCAUGUCAUGUGUGACUUAACUUGUAGAGAAUUCCUUGAACAGCGGGACGCUGAUUGCUUAAUAGGAGUGGUAAAAUAUAUAUCGAAGAUGGCCAAAGCUGUCCGGUUAACUUCUCCUGGUGUCAACAUAAGAUGAACUGAGCCAUGUUGUACUACCAAAGUACCAGUGUCUUGAAAUAUGCUUAUGUCCUCUUCGCAAA